CCCACACCCACCGACCCACCGCCCCCAAGAACCCCUUAUCUUCUCCCCCGGAUUGGGAUCGCGGUCCGUCCGUCCGUCCAACCCGAGAUAAGACCACCCCCAAACCCUCCCGUCCACCCCACCCAAUGCCUUUGUUCGUCUGAUGAACGAACUGGUAGUGCGCAUUGAGGACGGGGAGAAGAUUUAGGGCAGAGUUUUGGGUCAGUCGAAAAACAGUUUCUUUGAGUCGAGAAGAUUUAUAGAGUGGUGGGUUAAUUAAUCUGUGGUUUUUCGCGAGCAGUACCAUUAUUUUGGGUGGGAGCUGUUGCUGUGCCAUGGAUCUGCCUGCCCCACCAACCAGUCAACCCAGAACUUUAUCCUCCAUUAUCCUAAGCCGCCGCCGUGCCGACGCGGGGGCGAGAAUAAACAAGACCGCGAGCCAGCGACUCCUCUCGCCUCCACCACUCCCUCGCCACCACUCGCUGCUUCGCCUCCGCCCCGCCGUCGCGAGAUCCAGCGCCGUCUCCGCGCCGCCGCUGGUGCCGCCCAUGACGACGCCGGCACCCAACCCCACCAUCCGGAGGCUCGACGUCGCCUCGCCGGUGCCCGCCGACAUCGACAUCGCCAACGCCGUCGAGCCGCUCCACAUCGCCGACAUCGCCGCCGAGCUAGGCGUCCCGCCCGAGCACUACGAUCUCUACGGCAAGUACAAGGCCAAGGUGCUCCUGUCCGUUCUUGACAAGCUGCAGGGGCAGCAGGACGGGUACUACGUGGUCGUCGGCGGCAUCACGCCGACGCCGCUCGGGGAGGGCAAGUCAACCACUACCGUCGGCCUGUGCCAGGCGCUGGGGGCGUUCCUUGAUAAGAAGGUUGUCACUUGCGUCCGUCAACCAUCACAAGGGCCCACCUUCGGAAUCAAGGGGGGUGCUGCUGGAGGUGGCUACAGUCAAGUUAUACCCAUGGAUGAGUUCAAUCUCCAUAUGACUGGAGAUAUCCAUGCGAUUACAGCUGCAAACAAUCUUCUUGCUGCUGCCAUUGACACAAGGAUUUUCCAUGAAGCUUCUCAAUCAGACAAAGCUCUGUUCAAUAGAUUGUGUCCAGCAAACAAAGAAGGGAAGAGGCGCUUUGCUGAUGUAAUGCUCCGACGCCUGAUAAAGCUUGGCAUCUCAAAGACAGACCCCGAUGAGCUAACACCGGAAGAAGUGAGGCGUUUUGCAAGGCUUGAUAUUGACCCUGCAUCCAUUACUUGGAGACGGGUCAUGGAUGUUAAUGAUCGCUUCCUGAGGAAAAUCACCGUUGGGCAAGGCCCUGAAGAAAAAGGCAUGGUGAGAGAAACAGGCUUUGACAUAUCUGUGGCAAGUGAGAUAAUGGCUGUAUUAGCUCUUACAACUUCCCUUCCUGACAUGAGGGAAAGACUUGGAAGAAUGGUGAUAGGCAACAGCAAGGCAGGUGAGCCGGUUACAGCUGAUGAUCUUGGUCUUGGAGGUGCCUUGACUGUCCUAAUGAAAGAUGCUAUUCAUCCCACCCUUAUGCAAACUCUUGAAGGAACUCCUGUUUUAGUGCAUGCUGGACCUUUUGCUAACAUUGCACAUGGGAACUCUUCCAUAGUUGCUGAUAAGAUUGCUUUGAAGUUGGUUGGGAAGGGUGGUUUUGUUGUUACAGAAGCUGGUUUUGGUGCUGAUAUUGGGACUGAGAAAUUCAUGGACAUAAAGUGUAGGUAUAGUGGAUUGACACCUCAGUGUGCUAUUAUUGUGGCCACAAUUAGGGCUCUUAAAAUGCAUGGAGGAGGCCCAGAUGUUGUGGCUGGGAAGCCUUUAGAUCAUGCAUAUGUCAGUGAAAAUGUGGCUCUUGUUGAAGCUGGAUGUGUUAAUCUUGCUAAGCACAUCUCAAACACAAAGGGUUAUGGAGUGAAUGUUGUAGUAGCAAUCAACAAAUUUGCAACAGACACAGACGCUGAAAUGGAAGUUGUGAAAAAGGCGGCUAUGGCAGCUGGGGCUUUCGAUGCUGUCGUCUGCUCCCACCAUGCACACGGUGGUAAAGGAGCGGUUGAUCUUGGAGUCGCUGUUCAAAGAGCAUGUGAAAGCCAGGCAGAGCCCCUGAAGUUUUUAUAUCCUUUAGAUUCUAGCAUAAAGGAGAAGAUUGAGUCAAUAGCUAAGUUCUAUGGUGCUAGUGGUGUUGAAUACUCUGAACAGGCCGAAAAGCAAAUUGAGAUGUACACCAAGCAAGGCUUCUCCAACCUCCCGAUAUGCAUGGCGAAGACUCAGUACUCCUUUUCUCAUGUUCCAUCCAUGAAGGGCGCGCCGUCAGGCUUCGUGCUGCCGAUAAGAGACGUGCGGGCCAGCAUCGGAGCCGGUUUCAUCUACCCGCUCGUCGGGACCAUGAGCACAAUGCCUGGUCUCCCUACAAGGCCCUGCUUCUAUGAAAUCGACAUCGACACGGCCACCGGCAAAGUAAUGGGUCUGUCAUGAGCUUCGCUGGGCACCGUUUCUAGGCUGGUGGUCCUGUGCUGUUGCGCAAUUGAAUCGACAGUGUGCAGUUUCAAUUUUGGGGACAUUUCCUGAAGCAGAAUAAACGAAUAAUGGCCGCAUCGGGUGGCUUGGUGCGAUUGUGGGGGGUAGUACAUUUCAGUUACCUGAUGGAUGUAGAUUUGGUCGAACCAUAGCGUCUGUCUGUACUCUGUUGGUGUUCCUUAUGUUUUGAUGUUCAGCUUUAUGGGCGUGCUU